GAAUAGUAAGAAAUGACCAAAAUAUCACUUUUUCAUUCUCAUCAUAUUUAUAUUGUACAACCAUUUCUCUAUCAAAUUCAGUUUAUUUGAGGCAAGUAUUCCUUCUAGAAGUAUUUUAAAAUAAUUUUUGUAUUAGGUGGGGUAGUGUUUGUUUACCUUAGCAACGACCAUAAGCAGGUAAAUAUUUUUGUUUUUUUGUAAACAAUACUUUUUAACUAUUUUCUAAUGAAGUUAAAAUGCGAUAUGCUUAUAGAUAUAAAGGAAGUAGCUAAGGGAAUGUACUCUAUUACUUCACUGUCCCAGUCAACAAAAGCAUGUUUAUUUCCUGUGGGUUUUUUUGUAAUUUCUAGCAACAUUUUUUUCGUUUUGGAUUGCUGCUGGUGAAAGACUCUUUUGUAUAUUUUGAUAUUUAGAUCUAUAUUCAUAUUGCAUUUUUAUUUUUGUAACAAUAAUGGCCAAUAAGCAUAAUAAAAGGCAAAGUUGUGGUAGAAAAAGAAAAUUUCGUGGGAAUAAAUACACCAAGUCUGCAAAGUCUACAAGUAGUACAAGUGAUGAUCAUGGACAAGUUGGUGAACAACAAGAGACACAUCAAGCUGCUUCACCUAAUGUAGAUAUUUCAUCUGAAUCAAGUUUAUCAGAUAAUCCACUGGAUUGUAAUAUCUUUAAAUCUUUUUAAACCUAGCAUGUUUUAAUAAUUUCUUGGCAAGUUACUUGAUAUGUCCUAAAAGGCUAAAUGCUUCAACUAUUCUCUAAAUUUGUUUUUGAAUGAAAGCGCAAGAAUUGGAUUUUGUCAGGAACUAAUUGUGAAAUGCACUUCAGCUGACUGCUCAUUUGAAGAAAGCUUUAGAUCUUCUAAAGAAAAUAGAGAUGGUCAAAAAAGAGGAUUUAGGGAAAUAAAUCUCAGAAUGGUAUCAUUUGUAAGAUCCAUAGGUCGAGGUCACAGUGCGCUCUUGAAUUUUUGUCAACACACAAACAGUCCACCUCCUAUUUCUGAAACAUCUUAUCAAUCUGUAAUGCAUACCAUAGGCCUUGCAUCUAAGAAAGUUGCAGAAGAAAGUAUGGAAAAGGCUGCACUUCAAGGGAAGUGAAAGAAAAGGUUGGAAUCAGCAACGAAGAAGGCAUCACUGACUGCGGUGUGAGCGUUGAUGGGACAUGGCAGCGUCGAGGGCACUCGAGCCAUCAUGGCGUUGUUACAGCCAUAUCAAUAGAAACAGCCUCUCAGCACGUCACGACGGAGAAAACAAUCUCUGCAACGCUUCAGAGAGAUACAUUAUGGGUUCUCCUGAUGCGGAAAAAAAGCCUGGGACAGAGUAUAAUCCAUGGCUGUUCUCUCCCUGCAGUGUCAGUUACUUUACCAGCUUUAUGAAGAAAAAAUUGAGCUCCAGGCUUCCGAAUCUAGACGCUCUAUCACUGAAAUCUGCCAAGCAAUGUUAUGUGCAGAUGUUUUAAGAGGGUUAUGUAUCCCGCAUAUAGCACUCACUGGAACAUCUUGUGGCGAUGGAAAGGUCUGCAUAAAUGGACAAUGUGUCAGCGACCCAUACGCUCCUCAAAUUGAUGAAAACUGUGCAUUUGGAGACAGACCGAGCUAUUCUUGCAGUUUGUUUAUCAAUGACUUUAUGGGCAACUGUUACUCUACUCUUGGCUAUCGAGCAUGUUGUGACACGUGUAACAAUGUGUCUAGGCCCAUGAAAGGCUGUGAAUACGGAGAUAGAAUCAUCGAUUGUACAAAAGAUCACUGCUUGAAUUCUCAAGUGGAUUGCUGCGGCACGUGUAACUAUAGCACACCCUUUACCCCAACGUACAGCACCAGAAGAAGCACACCUAAAAGAUCCACGACAGCAAAUCCCCUUGUGCUAUUCACUUUCAUUAAAGAUUGUGAACAAGGAGAUCAAGACUUGAGACCAGAACUGUGCACUAAUUUUAGCGUCUGCCUAAUACAGCCAACACUGCUCGUCAUAUUACACGUCUGCAACUACAAGUACCACGACAACGAGACCAUUGAUACCAUCCACUUCACCCAAAACUAAGUGUGUACUAGGAGAACCAGAUUUAAGUCCACAGCUGUGUACUAGCCGUAGUAUCUGCCAGACACAGCCAUUGAUGUGCUGUAAAUAUUGUUCUUCCCGAGACAAUUCUGCAAGCCAUCUCUCUUUAUACACUAUUUGGAUAUAUUGUUUUUGUAUUGCUUUCUUUCUUUAUAUUAAAACAAAUGUCUAUUAAGUAGAUAAAGUACAAAUGUCUAUUAGGUAGCUAAAGUACAAGACUCUUAGGUAGAUCAAGUACUUACCCUUGUUCGGAAUUUUUUUAAAGUUUUUGUCUAUUUCUUAUCUUUAUACCAUUUUAAGCAUUGUUUACACAAGGAAAUCAAUUAUAAUGAAGCAAUCUAUCAAUCAUAAUGAAGCAAUCGUUGGUGUACUGUGCAUGAAAUAAUAGACCUCUAAAACAUGUGGCCAGGGCCGGCCUUAGAUAAUGAGCCUCCUUGUCCUUAUCAUUAUGAGGAACAUUUUGUACAUCCUCUUAUAAUUCUGGAUCUAGAGAUAAAUUAUGUUGCUUGUUUUUAUUUCUUUUAUUAAACAGUUUCAAGUUCUUUAUAUAA